CCCAAAUCCCUCUCGUGAAAACUCUACCUGAGCAACGUAAAAGCAUUUGUCCAACAAGUUACAAAGUCGUAGUCCUAAAGACGUCAGCGUUACUUUGCUUUUCGGAUAAGAAAGCAAUCAACUCUCGCGCGCGGCCGGGAUUUGACGUAACUAUUGCUAGUGGGGUGACGAGAAUACCCCUCCAUAAAACAAAUAGCUCAGCAACGACUUCACAACCUCUUUGAUCGAGACUUUUCUAGAACUACAAUCCAUCAUCUACUCAACAUGUCUCUCUCAAACAAGCUCUCCAUCACCGACGUUGACGUCGCCGGGAAGCGCGUACUCAUCCGUGUUGACUUCAACGUCCCUCUCGACGGGGAGAAGCACAUCACCAACAACCAGCGUAUCGUCGGUGCCCUGCCCACCAUCAAAUAUGCCGUCGAAAAAGGCGCCAAAGCCGUGAUCCUCAUGUCCCACCUCGGCCGGCCCGACGGCAAAAAGAACUCGAAAUACUCGCUCGCCCCCGUGGUGCCAGAAUUGGAGAAGCUGCUUGGCAAGAAGGUCAUCUUCACGGAUGACUGCGUAGGCAAGGAGGUCGAGGAGACCGUGAACAAGGCGAGCGACGGACAGGUGAUCCUGCUGGAGAACCUCCGGUUCCAUGCUGAGGAGGAGGGUAGCCACAAGGAUGCGGACGGGAAGAAGGUCAAGGCGGACAAGGCCGCGGUGGAGGAGUUCAGGAAGGGCUUGACCGCUUUGGGAGAUAUUUUCAUCAACGAUGCAUUCGGCACUGCCCACCGCGCUCACAGCUCCAUGGUCGGUGUUGACCUCCCACAGAAGGCCUCCGGCUUCCUCAUGAAGAAAGAGCUCGAGUACUUUGCCAAAGCCCUCGAGAACCCCGCGCGGCCUUUCCUCGCCAUUCUCGGUGGUGCGAAGGUCUCUGACAAGAUCCAGCUUAUCGACAACCUGCUCGGCAAGGUUGACAGCCUCAUCAUCUGCGGUGGCAUGGCCUUCACGUUCAAGAAGACGCUCGAGGGCGUCAAGAUCGGCAACAGCUUGUUCGACGAGGCCGGAAGCAAGACCGUUGGUGAUCUUGUAGAGAAAGCCAAGAAGAACAACGUCAAGAUUGUUCUACCUAACGACUACAUCACCGCGGAUAGCUUCUCUAAAGACGCAAAGACCGGAUAUGCCACAGAUGAGGAAGGUAUCCCAGAUGGCUGGAUGGGUCUUGACUGCGGCGACAAGAGUAUUGCGCUGUACAAGGAGACCAUCGACGAGGCAAAGACUAUCCUCUGGAACGGUCCCCCGGGUGUGUUCGAAUUCGAGGCCUUCGCCAAGGGCACGAGGGCUACGAUGGACGCGGCUGUUUCGGCGGCGCAGAGCGGAAAGAUCGUCAUCAUCGGCGGUGGUGACACAGCUACUGUAGCUGCUAAGUACGGCGUCGAGGACAAGCUCAGCCAUGUGUCGACUGGUGGCGGAGCAUCGCUCGAGCUGCUGGAGGGCAAGGAUCUGCCUGGUGUCUCUGCUCUAUCGAACUGA